AAACACCCACACACACUCACUCUUUCUCUCUCUCUCCAAAUACACAUCACAACAUCACAAACCAAAAGAGCAACAAAAGAGAAAACUCUCUUUAAUUAGUUUCCAUGGAGUCUUCUUCUUCCUUUUCCUUCUCCUCCUACUCCUCCUUCUCCUCCUCCUGCGGUACUUCUCUUGAUCAUUCCGGUCUCGAGGCCGGGUUUUGCGAAUGCACCGUUAAGACGCACCGACUUUGCACCCGAAACCACCGUAGAAGGGCGGUCGUCGGCUCCGGCAUGCGGAGGUACGAGUCCCGAUUCUUUUACAAUCCCUACGACAACAGCCAUGCCUACGGCGACGGCGCCCACCACUUCCUGGACGCAUGUUUUCUCUGCAAGAAGCCCCUCGCCGGAAACCGCGACAUCUUCAUGUACAGAGGUGAUAUGCCCUUCUGUAGCGUGGAGUGUAGGCAAGUUCAGAUCGAAAGAGAUGAAACUAAAGAAAAGAACUCCAAGUGUUCCGUGAGGGCUACUUCCGGAAAACCGGAGCAGCAGCAGCAGCAGCAGCAGGAGCAGAGCUCUCAAAGAAUACCAGUUAGCGCGUGGUAGCUUUUAAUAUAACACUUGCUAUAUAUGUUUCUACCGUAUCGUCGGAGUUCAUCAAAAGAGUCGUAACAAGAUUACAAAGAGAGAGGCGGAACAAGGACGCAAACGAAGCAACACUGAAUUUACUGAAUCUAAUCAAGUUUGCUAUCUGACCAAUGAUCAUAUUCAAUACAUCAGCUCUUUUUCUUCCUAAGAAAUAAUUCGUUAGACGAAAAUUUACUGGAUGACCAUUUUAUGAAAUUUUUCGUGGUGCGCGCAAUCUCAAAUCUGUGAUCUUGACGACAAAUUAGUAAUGUUUCGAGGCUAAAGCAAUUGGCCAUUUUGUAAAGGGAUGAAGGAUAAUAGAGCACUUCCUCUCAUUUAUUACUAACUUUGUUAUCUUA